AUGGCGGACAUUAAACCUCGACUGGCCGCCUCUUUCAGCCAACCCCAGCGCCACAGCCAUUCCCACACUGCAUCGCGCAGGGCGCGGGCACGGCGCCGCCCGGGGGGAGCGCGCGCAGCGCGGCCAUGGCGGCGCGGGCUCGGGAGCGCGGGACGCUGCGAGCGGCCCGAGCGGGAUCGAGAGCGCGGGAGGGCUCGGAGCUGCCGGAGCGGGAUCGGGGCACCGGGAUCGGGGGCGCAGCCGGGAGCAAAGGCGGCUUUAAUAAGCGUGUGCGGCACCGCUCCGCCGGCCGCCAAGCUGUGCCUUGGAGCCGCGCUCCACUCCUGCCGGAGUGAGGCAGUUGGGGCAGCCCCCAGCCCCUCACCACGGGGGGAACCUCCCCUGGAGCCGCGCCUGACCAUGACAGCUCUGGGAAACCUGGGCGAAAGAGGCGGGGAGGUGCAGGCCCCGACCUUUCCGGCCUCUUGGGGGCCAGACCGCGGGACAGCGGCGCCGGGCUCUGAAUUCACCCCGACCCGGGUGGGCUGCGGUGCCCCCGGCCGCGGCCGGAGCGGCGCCCCGCGAGUGGGGGGGGUCCGACCGCGGGGCCCCCCCGGGAGCGCCCCUCGCCUCAGGGCGCGGCGCGGCUCCUCAGCCGCAGCCGCCCGCCGGGCUCUGUCCCUCCCCGCGUCACCGAACGGAGUUCGAGUCCGUGCUAAAUAAAGGGGAAGCACGGGCCCCUGCCCGAAAACGGUGAAGAACCGUAAUAACCGGGCACCUCCACAACAGCACUUCCACCCCGUUUCUCUGAGGUUUUCAGAAACUUAGUCCGACAGCAAAUGCAGACACGUGAACUGGUUUAACCCUUGCGUGGACUUCAGUUAUUAUCAGUGACCCGCUCAAGCGAGCUCACCCCAGGCAAAGGGUAGAACUCACUUGAGCAUGUCUGAUUAGGGAAGCUCGUUUACAUCUCAGUGAGUCGAUUAAAUUGAUGCACUAUUCGGCUCUAAGCAAGGAAUCGGAAAUGCCGAGUUACCCCGCUCUCGGUGCUCUCUGCACAAGCCGCCCCAGGGCAUCCCAGCGCGGCCACAGGAACGUCAAACUCCGUUCCCGCCAGGCCAGAGCUGCAGCCGUCUAGCUAAGGAACACUACAUGCUCAGCUGGGAAACAGAUGAUCCUUGAAGUAAGUUUAAAAAUAAUUAUUCAUUGGUACGAGUUGAUGCUGACAAGUAUGAUGUGGAGAAGUACAGCUAGCAAAGUCAUGAAAUAAGAAAGGUGAGAAACAAGAAUAUGUCACAAAGUCUCCAAUGUAAAGACAGCCCCCCCACCCUUGAAAUCUUGUUGAAUCAAGAACACAAUGAAUACUUUAAAAUCCUCAAAAGAUAACAGACAGAAAUCCCAGGCACCAAGGUAUAUUAUCAGCAUAGGAAACUGGAGAGCACAACAUAUGAGAAGCAAGGGGUAUGGCUUUUGUUUGAACUGAGCCCCAAACAACUUUCUUCUACACCACCAGCCCACUUCUGAGGAACUGUCUGCACAGAAUUUUGGUUAACUUUGGAAGUUGAUUAUAUCUGCCUGGGAUCUACACAUCUUGCACUACUAUGACAAUUUUAGACAGCCAUUUUUACCGUGACUCUUACUUGAGUACAUAAUACUAGUAAUAUUCAUAAGAAGAAUGUCACGAAGGCACAAAGAACAUUUUGGUCAGCCAGGUUGAGUUAAGCUCUUGAAAAAGAUUGAUUUAUAGUAGGAUGCCAUACUUCAAACAAUUUUAAGCCAAGAGACCCAAAUAUCUUUUAAAGGUGUGUGGAGUCUAUAUAGACUUUCUAGGUAAAAGGGAAACUGUAUUAGAAGAAAAAUAUAUUAGUUUUGUCACCUUAGAAAUGGAGGUACAUAUAAGGGAGAAAAUUUUAAAACCCACCAAAAAAAGUUCUUAUGCUUUAGGUCCUGGAAUUCCACAUACAGUAAUUUCAGAAGGAGCAGGUGGGGAAAACACAAUAAAGAUUGAGCCACCCCACAGAAAUUUGUCUUCCAGGAAUUUCUGCAGAAGAUGCAGGGAGUACUCCUUACUGGCAACACAAUGGCUCAAAAAGGAAGGAGGAGAUAAGUGAGAAAACCACUGAAUUGGAGAAGAUCAGUACUUCACUCUUCUCACCUUAUGAUUUGAUAGGAGUAAAACCAGACACUUUCAUCAGAUGCAGCUUUGAAGUUGCAAAACCACAACCAAAGUUAAAGAGUAGCCCCAGCUGAAUGGGAGAGAGAGCAGCAAGUGUGAAGCGAGUUUCCAUUCAGAUUUCAUGCUCUUGCUGACUUCACUGAGCUCGAACUGACUCUGAGCAGCAAGAUCACAACUAUCAGUUUGUUCAUGGCCUGCAUGCACAGGCUGCAGCCACAAGAAAUAGUCACUUUCAUGGUGCGGGAUGAUAAGAAAAGCAUGAAAAUACCUUCAGUAAGCAACUCAGUUUAUCAUUUGCUCAGUACUGUUGUCCAUGGAUGAGCACACUGAACAUUGGUCUAAACGAUGUCAAAAAGAAAAGUUGCAUCAGAAUUAAAUAACCAGUGAUUCUCUAAGAUUGAUAAUAAUUGUAAUAGAUUCAACAACAACUGGCACUAUUUCUAUUGGCAUAAACUGUGCCCAAAAUGCCAACUUUAUGUCCUAGUGAUCAAGUCUCAGAAAUGGAAAUGGAGGACGGCCAAAAUCCACACUUUCUAAGAGGGUUUAUAUCUUGAUAGUUGUCCUCAAGAUCUAAGAGUUGUACCAGGACACCAAAGAAGUAAUGGCCAUAUUGCACUGUCAUAGGCCACCAGGUCUCUGCUUCAGCAAGAAUCCAUAAAAGCAGAUGUUGUCUGACAGAGCAGAGAUGAUAAAAGCUGACUGCUCUCUUGGAUAUAUGUUUGUUACUGGCAGAAGGUGGCAAGAUGUAUUUUACCUAAGACAGAAGCAAAAUCUACCUUCCUUUAAAAAAAAAUAACAAAUAAGACACCAUUACAGAGAUCUACUGAAGUUGUAUAUCAGUUUCCAUAAAACUAGUUAACUUAAUGAUCAAACUUCCUUUUAAAAUAAAAUCUAAAUGCAUUUUUGAAGAUUUAAACAUUCAUGAGAAGUUUAGAGACUGUUUCGAACUGCCUAGUAUUGUCAAAUUUAUUCUUUGAAAAUACUGAAGACAUUGAAAUGUGAAAUAGAUGCAAAGGCCUCUAAAAUUAUCAGCUUUUAUCACUCCAAAAUAACAGGCACAUUGAUUCCUUAAAAAUGUGUUAAAUUUAAUGUCAAAUUUGUUCCUGAACCUGUUGAGUUUCCAAUAUAUGCUCUGAUCAUGGGCUUGACUAUGUCUUCCCACCCCUCUUAGAACAUUAAUCACUUCUGUUUUCUUACACCUAAUAUGGACGUUAGCAGAAAGCCUUCUAAUCCUUUUGCACUUAGAACCGAGGUGAUCUGUAGGUUGUAACAAAAGAAAACAACACACAUUAACAUAUAUCUAUUUAUAAAUACAUGUAAAAUGCAUGCUCCACUUAGCAAUAGGAAAGAAACCCACCCACCUCAGGUGAAUCCUCUUAAAAUCUGAAGGACUAUGUUAGGCUUUCCCUUCUUUUCAACCCCACCUUCAUACACAACCCAAACUCCUAUAGACUUCAUUAGGAGAUUUCCAUAUGCAAGCACGCGAGCAAGGGGGACCCUAGGGCUUGAUAACCAGCCGUGGAUGGAACCUUUAACUUCGCAACAAGCAAACAAUGGACUAGUUGCACAAUAAGUGUGUGCCAAACCCUUCCAUAUUGGCUGCAAAAAAUAAUUUAAAAACCUUUCAUCUGCAGCCACUGUAAGAUUAUUUUGGGGGUGAGACCAAAAAAUCUCAUCACUGAGGAAAACUGGACUCUAGGUACAGAAUUGAAAAAAAAAAUUAAGGAUCUGCUUCAUUACACAAACCAGCGAAAGGGUGAGGUCAUGCCUCUGCCGGGCCAUAGUUCAUGCGACACCACAAUUUUCCAGAGAUACAAUUUCAUCGCCAUUCUAACUAAUUUGCAGUUACUUUUGAUACAGAGAAAAGGAAAAGAUACAAUAGAUCAACCCGUGCCCCACCUUUCUCCCCCCGGCCCCCUCCCCCUUUAGAGCCAGGGACAGGAAUUGUUUCGGAGCCCCACAGCGCCACCAGCACAGAGCAAUGCAAAACAAAAAAGA